AUGAAAUUUAGUCAAUCUCCAAAAUCAACUUUCAAUCAAAAUUUCAAUCCACCUCCUGGUUAUUAUAUUGGUAAUGAUUUACAUGAUAUGCUGAAUACUAUUAAGACUAAACCACCUCAAUAAUAAUUCUCAAAAUCUGAUCGAUUUGGUCAAAUUCAGGAAAUUAUACAUCCUCAAAGUAAAACUGUCGAAGGAUUUGAUAAAAUUGCGUAUUAAUCCUCAUUAAAACAUUCCUUCUAAAAUAAGAGAUUACAAGAUCGUAAUUACGUUUAUUAAGCCUAAUCAUAGCAAUAUUUGAAGAAGACUCAGGAAGUCGAAAAUAAGAUGAAGAAUUUGCUUAUCAAACAAAUGGAAAACUGUUUAAACUAAUAGCUAGAAAUAACACCAUCAGGAUAAUGCGUUUUAGAUAAAACUAAACUGUUGCAAAAACUAUAGACUAUAGCCCCAUUACAACACCCUGGUCCUGGGCAUUAUAAUUCAAAUGAAACCAUAAUCAAGCCAAGAGUAAGAGGAACUAUUAUUAAAGAGGACAGUAAAAGAACAACUUACUAAGAACCCUUCUUGACUGCAGAUGUCAUCUAUGGAAAAUAAUUAACCAAUAAUGGAUAACAAGAAUCAGAACUCAAUCUCACUCAAAAGUAAAAGUAGAAAAAAAUCAAAUUCUUAUAAGGAGACGAUUAUAACUUAGAAAAAUUAUUUGAAAAAGAAAAGAAAAAGAAGGAAAGAUAAACUGCUCCACCACCUGGACAUUAUGAUAUUGAAUCCCAAUUUGGAAAAAUAACAGAAUUAAAUUAUCAAAAUUAAUGUUUUGAUAGUAGAGAACCAAGAUUUAAAUAUAUUGCAGAUGUCAACCCAGGACCUGGCUAAUAUUUAGCAGAUAAUCAAUUCAAUGAAACUGGGGGAUAUAUGUCUAAAUUACCUAGAUAACCUCCAAAAGAUAAUAUGAUUGUUCCUGUUGGUAAUUAUAUUGUAUAAGAUUUAUCAAAACCCUAAAGAAGGGAUGGACUCUUUCCAUCUAGUUUUGGUUCUGGAUCUAAAAGAAUGUAAGAUGGAAUAAUUAAUAAUGACGCUCCUGGUCCUGGUAGCUAUGAUAAUUUGAUGUUAAAGAAGAAACAGUUUAAAUAUGUUUUUAAAAAGAAAGAGAAAAGACCUAUGUAUGAGAAAUGCCCAGAAUCAUUUGGAUUAUCAGUGGCUAAAGAAUUAGUAUCUGUUAAUACCACAAAAGAACGCAGCAAAUCUCUAUAAAAACAAUAAUAAUCUUCUAUGUUCUCCUCAAGUGUUCAAAGAUUUAAGGAUAAAAAGAUAACCGAAGAAUUGGGUCCAGGAAGUUAUACUGUGCACGACUAAUUUACCAAAAUUACUUUUAAUAAGGGAAAUGAUAUCUUUGGUAAAGGAUAAAGAAUCUAAUAAUAAUAAUAAUAAGAAAUUGGUCCUGGGGCUUAUGAUGGCGAUUACAAACUACUUAAGAAAAAUUUUGUUAGAGAUGUUCAUUUUUGA